AUGUGCCUGGGGCACCUGAGCCCCUGCCUCCUGGACACAGAAGCACCCAGGAGGGGCUGGUUCGGAUCUCUGCUUAGAAGCAUCAUCGUCCUGAAGCUGUCCCGUUUAGCCUUAAUCCAGAACAGAACUAACUUGUUCCCUCCUUGCGUUGCAGGCGUGGUGUCCUUGGUAGCUGUCCACCCCUCCACAGUGAACACGCUGGGGAAGCAGCUCUUGCCAAAAACAUUCGGACAGUCCAAUGUCAACAUUGCACAGCAAGUGGUAAUUGGUACGCCUCAGAGACCUGCAGCGCCCAACACUAUCGUGGUAGGAAGCCCACACACCCCUAACACUCACUUUGUCUCACAGAACCAGCCUUCAGACCCCUCACCUUGGUCUGCCGGGAAGCGCCACAGGAAAGGGGAGAAGAACGGGAAGGGCCUGAGGCACUUCUCCAUGAAGGUCUGCGAGAAGGUGCAGAGGAAGGGGACCACGUCCUACAACGAGGUGGCCGAUGAGCUGGUCGCAGAGUUCAGUGCUGCCGACAACCACAUCCUACCAAACGAGUCCGCUUACGACCAGAAGAACAUAAGACGGCGAGUCUAUGAUGCCUUAAACGUGUUGAUGGCCAUGAACAUCAUCUCUAAGGAGAAGAAGGAGAUCAAGUGGAUUGGUCUGCCCACCAACUCGGCUCAGGAAUGUCAGAAUUUAGAGGUGGAGAGGCAGAGGAGGCUGGAAAGGAUCAAGCAGAAACAGUCUCAGCUUCAGGAGCUCAUCCUGCAGCAAAUUGCCUUCAAGAAUCUGGUGCAGAGGAACCGCCAGGCGGAGCAGCAGGCCAGCCGGCCGCCUCCUCCCAACUCCGUCAUCCACCUGCCCUUCAUCAUCGUCAACACCAGCAAGAAGACUGUGAUCGACUGCAGCAUUUCCAAUGACAAGUUCGAGUAUCUGUUCAACUUUGACAACACGUUUGAGAUCCACGAUGACAUAGAGGUGCUGAAGCGCAUGGGGAUGGCCUGCGGGCUGGAGUCUGGAAGUUGCUCCGCUGAAGACCUGAAGAUGGCGAGAAGUUUGGUGCCGAAAGCGCUGGAACCCUACGUGACAGAGAUGGCUCAGGGAUCAGUCGGAGGGGUGUUCGUCACGUCAUCGGUUUCGACCUCGAAUGGCACAAGGCUUUCUGCCAGUGACCUGACCAAUGGUGCGGACGGCAUGCUGGCCACGAGCUCCAGUGGGUCCCAGUACAGCGGCUCCCGGGUGGAGACCCCCGUGUCCUACGUCGGGGAGGACGAGGAGGAGGACGAUGACUUCAACGAGAACGAGGAGGAGGACUGACGCCCGCCCGCGGCCCGCCCUCGCGGUCUGCGUCGGGAGAGACUGCUUCUGCCGUGGCCGUCUGUUUCCUUUCGGCCUCCUUCCCGGGCGCUGGCCGUGAGCUGUGGCCCGGCCUUGCGUGAGGCUCCGGCCCGCAGGCGAGGGCUGUGUCCCGCGGGGUCUCGGGUGAGCUGUGGUGCGCUUCCACGCCAGCGGCGACACAGGGCCUUUCUUCACUGUCUGGGAUUUAGUUUUCACGUCUGUUUCUCGUUCAGAGCUCACUUUGCUCCCUCCUUGCUGUGUGCGCCGGAGCGGGGGCGCUCCGUCCCUGCUGCCCAAGUGCUCGGUUGUGCGCCUGGGCUCCGCGUGUCCGCCGCGUGUCGGGAGCGGUGCAGCUGCUGGGGGCGAGCGGCCCCUCUGAUGCCGUCGCGUCUCGGGGCGUCCGGGGCCCGGCGAGCGGCGGGCUCUGCUCUUCAGCGUCCAGCGCCAUUAACUGUAUCGUGACUUUAUUUUCCCUUAAAUUAUAUUGACUGUGUGAUUCCAUCGAGUUUAUACUUCUUUUUUCUCUAUGUUGCAGCAGAUUGCGAAGUUCUUUGUUUUUGUUUUGUUUGGUCAAAUUUCCUGCCGUGCCGGUGCAGCCGUGAGAGCGGUGGAAGGCUCGGGCGCGCGUGCUCGUGGGGGUCCGCCUGAUUUCUCACAGGCGGGCGUGGACUCUCGUGUCCGUGUCCGUGCUUACAGGCCCACACGUCUGUCAUCUGAGGACACGGACGGAAACAAACGUCGUCUUUGUUUCGUGAGCAUCUUCUUGUAAUCUAUGAUGAAGUUGACAUUAAAUAGAGAGAAUGUUCUAACAGUUUUUUAACUCAGAAUUUGUCAAUCAUUUUUAAUAGUUCUUUUUUUAUAAAAAGAAAAAGGAAUUUCAGGACAGGCAGUAGUCCCUUUUAAAAUUUAUUCACAAAGAACCAUUAACCGCACAGUUGCUGUCAGCUGCCUGUUCUAAACAAUAGUCUUUUUAUUGAAACACAAAUAAACUUUUCUGUAAUAUUUUAUGGAAUAUAAAGAGACUUUAAUUGUUUGACUUGUUUAACUUGGCACUGUUAGUUUUUAUUAAUAAAACGCGCAUGGGCAUUUUAAA